GUCUUGAAAGAAACAAGCAACUUCAUUUUGAAUUCAUCCCAAUACAUAAGAACACAUUUUCUACGACUGAUAUAGUUACGACUGUUUAACAAAAAAAAAAGAAUUAAAAUUUUGUGAUAUUUCUAUUAGUUAACUAAAGUAUUCGGUAAAAAUGGCCCAUAAAAAAGCGUCAGUCAUUUUGUUAAUUGUUUUAAUAAGUUGUGCUUGUGCUCAAGAGGAAGAAAGAAAGAAAACAACUACAACAACAACAACAACUGAAGCACCGACCGAUCCGACAACCAAAUCAACAACUGAGGCUCCACCGGAACCUACAACCACAUCGAGCACAUCAACAACAACGCCACCAACCACCACCACUACUACAAGCACUUCAACGGACCCUACAACACCCACUCCAACUACUUCAACUACUACGACACCAGCCCCAAGUACUACUACUGUUGCCCCAUCGCCUGUACCAGUUCCGUCACCAGAGUAUAGAAAAUGGACGUUCGGCGACAAGAAUCAAACUUGCGUUAUUGUUCAAUUGGCUGUGCAAUUGAAUUUGACCUAUAAGAAUGUUGCCGAUAAGGACACAAACGUUCUGUACAACAUUCCAGUCAAUGAUACCAAAGUUGCCGAGGGUUCGUGCGGAACCGCUAAUCAAUACAUUACUGUUACAUGGGGACAGAAAUCGCAAAUGAUGCUCCAGUUUACAGCAAAUGAUACGGCCCAGCAAUUUAUGUUGUCGAAGAUCUAUUUGUCCAUCAAUUCCAGCGAUGUGGCUGCCGAUGCUAAAGCUAAUCAAACCUUGGAGCUGUACCACAUCAACAACGAUUUCCCAACCUCAUUGUCGAUGUCGUAUCACUGCAACAAAUUGCAAACUAUUGGCUUCACAAAAGUCGAUGGUAAGGAGGUUGUUGCCAACGCAACCAUUUCCCAUGUUCAAUUGGAAGCAUUCCAUAAACAAAACACCGAUCAAUUUUCAACGGCACGAGACUGUGAGGCUAUCGAUACACCGGAUAUUGUUCCGAUUGCUGUUGGAUGUGCCCUGGCUGGUUUGGUCGUAGUUGUUUUGAUCGCUUAUCUAGUCGGACGUAGACGUGCCCAGAAUAGUGGUUAUUUAAGCAUGUAAAAUGAUGCGCCAUACAUUGCUACGGAGAAUCGGACGGAUUUCUUCGAUUUGUAUCUUUCAUCGUAUUAAAUUAAAUUUUUUUUUGUUUUGUUUAGAAACAGUCAAUUUUUCGGCAAAAUUUUUAAAAUGAAUUUUCUUCUACCUGCGAAUUUUGUAUUCUCGUUGAAGUGAUUGGUUGAAUCGGCAAAUAUUUUUGUAAUUUUAUUUAAAGUUGAAUAAUAAAGCAAAUAUUUUGACGGUUUCU